UUUGAGGAGAGAGAGGGAGAGAGAGAGAGAAGCGGAGAAAACCGAAAAACCUCCCGAUCCUCCUCCUGCUGCUCCUGCUGCACACAGACAAAAGGACACCGGGACGACACACACGCACAGACUCGCACCCACACACACAGACGGCCAGAGCGCGGCACAGACGGACGGACACCCGGGAGGAUGGGCCGGCGGAGCGGUCGUCGGUAGCGCUCUGAUUUCGGGGACGGAGCUCCAGGAUGAGCGUAGCGCUGCAGGACCUCCGGAACACCAUGUCCAGCUAUAAGCGAGCAACCCUGGAGGAGGAGGAGGUGUCCGACGUGCCGGCUGAGGCGGCCUCGUCUCCUGACAGAGUGGAGGUGGGCUUCAGGAAGGGUGGUGUGGACAUCCUGGGGAGGAGGACUCAGCUGGAGGUCCUGCUCUCAGUCCUGCUGCUGGCCGCCCUCCUGGCUCUACUGGCCUGCCUGGUGGUCCUGGGACUCGGCUUCAGCUCAGACAGUGGGCGUGGCCUGUGCCUGUCGGAGGCCUGUGUCACUGUGGCCAGUCAGAUCGUGGAGGCGAUGGACCGCAGCGCCGACCCCUGCCAGGACUUCUACCAGUUUGCCUGCGGAGGCUGGAUGAGGAAGAACCCACUGCCUGACGGACGCUCGCGCUGGUCCACCUUCAACAGCAUCUGGGAGCAGAACCAGGCGCUGCUCAAACACCUGCUGGAGAACGGGACGUUUAACGGCAGCAGCGAAGCAGAGAGGAAGACUCAGUCCUACUACCUGUCCUGCCUCAACACCCAGAGGAUCGAAGAGCUCGGAGCUCAGCCUCUCAUAGACCUCAUCACCAAGAUUGGAGGCUGGAACAUGACGGGCCCCUGGGACAAAGACAACUUCAUGGAUGUUCUGAAGGUGGUCUCCGGUCCGUACCGAGGUCAGCCGUUCUUCAGCGUCGGAGUCAGCGCCGAUCCCAAAAACUCCAACAGCAACGUCAUUCAGGUGGACCAAUCAGGGCUCUUUCUGCCAUCCAGGGACUAUUACCUUAACAAGACAGCCAAUGAGAAGGUGUUGGUGGCGUACCUGGACUACAUGGUGGAGCUGGGGAUGCCUGGGGGCGAGAGGAGCUCCACUCAGGCUCAGAUGCAGCAGAUUAUGGACUUUGAGACAGGGCUUGCCAACAUCACCGUCCCACAGGACCAGCGGCGAGACGAAGAGAAGAUCUACCACAAGGUCACCAUCGCGGAGCUGCAGCUGCUGGCUCCAGCCAUCGACUGGUUGGACUACUUGUCGUCCUCUCUGUCUCCUCUGGAGCUAAACGACACCGAACCUGUCGUCCUGUAUGCCAAAGAGUACCUGCAGCAGGUGUCGGAGCUCAUCAACAAGACAGACCGCAGUCUGCUGAACAACUACAUGAUGUGGACAUUGGUUCAGAAGAGUGUCGCCAGUCUGGACCAACGCUUCGAGAAUGCUCAGGACAAACUGCUGGAGAGUCUUUAUGGGACCAAGAAGUCCUGUACGCCGCGCUGGCAGACCUGCAUUGGGAACACUGACGACACCCUGGGCUUUGCGCUGGGAGCGCUGUUCGUCAAGGCAACUUUUGACAAACAAAGCAAAGAGAUUGCUGAAAAGAUGAUCAACGCCAUCCGGUCAGCGUUCAAAGAAGCGCUAGACCAACUCAGCUGGAUGGACGACCAGACGAGACAGGCUGCAAAGGACAAGGCAGAUGCAAUCUAUGACAUGAUCGGCUUCCCAGAAUUCAUCCUGGACUCCAAGGAGUUGGACGAUGUUUAUGACGGGUAUGAGGUGUCAGAUGACAGCUUCUUCCAGAACAUGUUGAACUUCUACAACUUCUCCUCUCGAGUGAUGGCCGACCAGCUGAGGAAGACUCCCAACAAAGACCAAUGGAGUAUGACUCCUCCUACAGUUAAUGCCUACUACAUGCCCACUAAGAACGGCAUCGUCUUCCCUGCUGGGAUCCUGCAAGCUCCCUUCUACGCCCACGACCACCCCAAGGCACUGAACUUUGGUGGCAUUGGGGUGGUGAUGGGCCACGAGCUCACGCAUGCCUUUGAUGAUCAGGGUCGUGAGUAUGAUAAAGAAGGAAACUUGAGGCCAUGGUGGCAGAACUCGUCCGUGGAGGCGUUUCGCCAGCGGACCGAGUGUAUGGUGGAUCAGUACGGCCGCUACACCGUCAACGGAGAACACAUCAACGGAAAACAGACACUCGGAGAAAACAUCGCCGACAAUGGGGGGCUAAAGGCGCGCCUAUCGUCAUGGAUCCAGGGAAACGGAGAUGAGAAAAGACUUCCUGCUGUCAACCUGACCAAUGACCAGCUUUUCUUCGUUGGAUUUGCCCAGGUGUGGUGCUCAGUUCGGACACCAGAGAGCGCUCACGAGGGCCUCGUGACCGACCCCCACAGUCCUCCCCGAUACAGAGUCAUCGGCACGCUCGCCAACUCUCCGGACUUCAGCCGCCACUUUAACUGCCCCGAAGGCACCAUGAAUACGGGGAAGCGCUGCGAAGUCUGGUAGUCAGACCUGAAAGGACCAGCUCGGGGUGGUGCAGGAACGGGGGGGGAGUCUGUCAGCUGACGGGUUGACGGGCUCGUUAGUGUCUUAAUUAGAGUUCAGGUUCUUUCAUGGGGUGGGGGGAGCAGGUGUAAUCUUCAGCUUCAGUUAAUCUGUAACUUGGUGACGAUCAGACUUACUUCCUGUCUGGA